AGAAAUCUAAUUAAGAUAGUGAUGUAGCAUCACAUGGUGUUCUAAUGUUUUCUUCAAAUAUUUGAUAUAUUUGUGCACAGAUUAAGUUUUGGAAUUGCAAACGAUCGUUACUCCUAUCGUUUAUGACGUUGUUGUAUGAAAAUUAUUGAUGUUAAUAUAAAACUUUAAAAAAAUACAUGAAUGUUACUGUUUCUUGCAAAAGAGACAUUGAAUGCUUACAAUGACAGCAUUUUUAGAAGUCCUUUCAAAGGCAAAGACUAUUCAUCUUUUGUGGAUUUAUUGGCUUUUUCUCGGUCAAUAAAAUGUAUGCACUCAUUGGACGAACACAUCAACGUAUACCCUACAGCUCCUUUUCUUCAAGUAAAUGUUCAUACAGGUAAAACAUAUAUUUUUCGAAAAAGAUGAUUUCAAAUUUAAUCUGUAAUUCUUUUCAUUAUUUCAAAUCAUUAGCAGCUUAUAACAAAGUUUUUUAAAGAUCAUCUUGGUUCAAUUGAUUAAUAAGUCAAGUCAUUAAAAGAAUAAGAAAAAAUGUAUGGUGUUCCUAUCUCUCUAUCAAUGCAGCUUCGGUGCACUUUAAAGUUGGUCUUUGAAAAACAAAAACAAAUUAAGAUGAACUAGCAUAAUUUUAAAUCAAUUCUUUGUGACUUUUUUCAAUGCUGAUUGUUUUUCAGUGAACAUAACGAUAAUAUAUGAAGACGUUUUAUGGUAUAAUUUAAAGAUUUGUUGACCAUGAAAAGAUGAAAAUGCCAAAAUAAAUGAGAUAAUAUUUCUCUUUUAUCUCUAAUCUUCUAAAUUGGAUUUGACUCAUUAUCGAAUAUCACAAAUUGCUGGCUCUGCCAAAACUAUAGUACGAUACCGCACGACAAAAAUGAUAUUAGUCAGUGUCAUCCAAAAAUAUACUGCGUAAACAAACAUAAAAAAUCAAGAUAAUUAUAGUAAUAAAUGUUUCUCCUAUAUAGAUAUGUCCCACUAAAUAAAUAAGACAAAAGUGACAGAUAAUUAAAAAAUAUAUUUUGUCUAUGCCUUUUGAUAGGAUUAUUUACAAACACGUUUUAGAUUUUCUGAAUGAUGUAUUCGCUUCGAUGCUUUUUUUAAUUAAAUUUAAAUUUGCCAAUGUUUAAAUUAAGGACAACAGUGACUGUUUUUAUUUUAUUAAAUUUAUGUUUAGGAAGGAUUGACGAUAAAUAUUCUAUAAUCCAAUGAAAAUGGCCAUGAAUCAAAAUUACCUUCUUGUAGCCGCUAUUGACUUUGGUACAACGUAUUCUGGCUAUGCAUUUUCGAUGAGACACGAGUUUAAAAAUCAACCAAUGACAAUUCAUGCCAAUCAGUGUUGGAAUGCUGGGUCAAAACAACUGCUGUCCUUAAAAACACCAACAUGUUUGUUAUUAGAUUCUAACAAACAGUUUCUUUCAUUUGGAUACGAAGCUGAAAACAAGUAUGCAGAUAUUGUGAUGGAUAACGAACAAGACGAUUAUUAUUAUUUCCACAGAUUUAAGAUGUGUUUGCACAAAAAUAAGGAUGUCUCAAUGGAACUGUUAAUAGAGGACAUAACAGGGAAAUCAAUGCCAACAAUUGAUGUGUUUGCAUUAUCUAUAAAGGCCCUGAAGAAUCAUCUGAUGUCAUAUUUGAAAACGCAAGGCACCGAAGUAGAAUUGAAAGAUAUUAGAUGGGUUUUGUCUGUCCUUGCAAUUUGGACAGAUAUUUCAAAACAAUUUAUGAGAGAAAGUGCAGUAAAGGUUGGUAUAUCAAAGAAUAAUCUUCUCCUGUGCUUAGAACCAGAAGCUGCUUCCAUAUAUUGCCAAUACCUACCUACAGACAAACUGGUUGGUAUAGAAACGGGAUUCACAAUGGCAAAACCAGGGACUAAGUAUAUGAUUGUAGAUCUUGGAGGUGGAACAGCAGACAUCACGGUACACGAAAAAAUGUUGGGUGGCCGUUUGAAGGAAUUAUGUCGAGCUACUGGUGGCAACUGUGGCGGAACUUGUGUUGAUGCAGAAUACAUUCAAUUAAUGAUAAAGAUUGUAGGUGCACCUGUCCUUAAAAUUAUGAAGCAAAAAUAUCUUGAAUCAUACCUAGACUUAAUACGAGAUUUUGAAACAAAAAAGAGAACAAUUAAUCCAGACACAAAAAAGGUCACCAUGGCUAUACCAUUUUCAACACUGAACACACUUUGUGAGAAACAACUAGAAGAAAGUUUUCGAAGCGUCAUAGCAUCAUCACCAUAUUCAGAUUCCAUUGUUAUUUAUGGCGAUAAAGUGCGUAUAGAUGCUAAUGUUUUAAGGAAACUGUUCGACAAAACAAUUGCAAAUAUUAUAUUGCUUAUUAAAGAAAUAUUUCAAAUGGAAAGUGCGCGAUCCUUAAAUAAAAUAAUCCUUGUUGGUGGAUUUUCGAACUGCGUUCUUGUUCAAGAAGCUGUGAGACGAGCAUUUCCAAACUGUAGAGUAAUAAUACCGUUCGAUCCGGGUUUGUCUGUCUUACAAGGUGCUGUUCUGUUUGGUCAUAAAUCAGACGUCAUUUCAUCUAGGAUUAGUAGAUUUACAUAUGGAAUUUCGUUUAAUCCAAAAUUUGACACAGCUAUUCAUGAUGAAAAAUAUCGUUAUUUAUCAGAUGGGGUUUGGCGAUGUAAACAUGCUUUUGAUAAAAUAUUAGAAAAGGAUUCGGUAAUUCCAAUUGGAACUGUAAUACAGAGAAAGUAUAACACAAAAAUUAAUGUGAAUAAAAUAUGGCUUAAAGUAUUUGCAAGCGAACAUCAUAAUCCAGUUCAUACAUCUGAUGAUGAUUGCUUUUCUCUUGGUAAUAUUGGCAUUGAUGUAUCGGAUUCGUCGAGAUGCCAAGUUUUAGAAGUUGGGUUUAUUUUUGGAAACACUGAACUUAGUUUGACUGUGAUAGAAGCUGCAUCGGGAAACAAAUGCAUGGCACAGUUUACAUUAGAAUAGCAAUUUCACUCUGAUAAACAAACCGUUGUCUUAAGUAACCAUUUUGAUAUGAUCACCUUCUAAAAUAAUAAUGUAAAAAAAUAACUGUAGUAAUGUUAAGUAACCAUCAUAGUCCGUUAGAGUUACAUAAAUCUUCAAAAAUACAUGAUAAAAAUGAGAUUUUUUUGAAAAACCUGUUUAUUUUGGAGAGUAUUUUGGUAAUUCAGAAUACGUACAAGUUUUUUCAUACUCUCAAUGAAUUAGGUAUCAUAUUAGAAAAAUGAUUAACUGGGUAAACAAAAGGUUAUAGAGAGAGGGAACCGCAGGUCAGGUUGUUGGUUCACCAUUCUUUCCAAUAUGAUUUAGAUGUUAAAAGGAGGCCAUGUCUAUCAUUUGCGUUUUAAUGAGUGGUACUGUUAAUGACAAAUGAAAGGAUGUUGUGAUUAUGAUAAAUUCUUUGUUUGUAAAUGACGGAUUAUAAAAUAAAUAUUAAUAUAGAUAUGUUA